AUGGCGCCGACGUCGAGCAGCCGCCCCAGCUCCACGCCAGCGGCAGCAGCAGACAAGCCAUACUCCUCUUUCACCCAACGUCAAAAAUACCUGAUCGUCCUCUGCGCAACACUAGGCGGGUUAUUCUCCCCAUUCACAACACAAAUCUAUUUCCCCGCCCUCAGCACAAUCGCCGCUGAUCUGAACGUUUCCAUAUCGCAAGUCAACCUGACGGUAACAACAUAUAUGAUUUUUCAAGCAGUCGUCCCCUCCUUCAUCAGUUCCAUCACCGACACUCAAGGCCGGAGGCCAACCUACGUCCUCGGAUUUCUGGUCUACACCGUGGCAAACCUAGGUCUGGCCCUGAACAACACGUACGCCGGCCUCCUAGUCCUCCGGUGCAUCCAGUCCGCGGGUUCAAGUGGACUCGUCGUCCUCCAACAAGCCAUCAUCGCCGACAUAGUCACCUCCGCCGAGCGCGGCAGCUACAUCAGCAUCACGAGCAUCAACGGUAUCGUCGCGCCCAGCGUGGCACCCAUCGUAGGAGGCUUGCUCGCUCAACAUCUCGGCUGGCACAGCAUCUUCUGGUUCCUGUUGAUCAUGUCCGGUGUGUACGUCGUGCCUCUUAUGCUGUGGUUCCCAGAGACCGCGCGCAAAUUAGUCGGCGACGGCUCGAUCCCUCCUCCACCACUGAACAGGUCGUUAUGGUAUAUUAUCAAACAAUACCGUCACCGCGACCGCACGCACUCCACCACCAACACCACCACCACCGAGACCGAGAGGCCAAAAAGAAAGUUCACAUGGCCCAGCCCUCUCGGCACACUAGCCAUCGUUGUCGAACUCGAAGCCGCCGUUCUCCUCACAGUCCUAGGUAUAGUCUACGCAGUCCUGUAUGCGGUAAUGGCCUCACUUUCCACCCAAUUCCACGACAUCUAUGGUCUAGACAGCACGAUGCAAGGCCUCAUCUUUCUGACCAUCGCAGCCGGCACCAUACUCUCCGCAUUCACGAACAGCGUCCUCCUCGACCGAAACUACCGCCGACACGCGCUCAAGAUGGGUCUUGACCCGGACCGCAAGAAACAAAUCGCCAUGCAGGGCUUCCCUAUCGAGCGUGUAAGACUCGAAAUCGGUCUCCCUUUCUUCAUCGUGGGCUCCUUCGCCGUGAUCGCUUACGGCUGGAUGCUGGACUAUCAGGUGCACAUCGCAGGUCCGAUCGUCAUGCUGGUCAUCAUCGGAUACACUACGCUCGCGGGCUUCAACACCCUGAGCGUGCUGUUGAUUGACUUGUACCGGUCGAGAGCCGCAGCGGCCAUUGCGGCGGCGAAUCUCGUGAGAUGUUUGCUGGGCGCGGGUAUGACGGCUGUGGUCAACCCCAUGAUCAUUGCCAUGGGUCUGGGAUGGUGCUUCACAUUCACGGCGCUGGUACAAUUGGCGACGCUGCCUCUCUUAUGGGUUUGCAUGAAGUAUGGUGUGACAUGGCGAGAACUGCAAGCCGCAAAAGAGGGCAAUAGGGGUAUGCAGCCUUAG